GCGGCACUCUUCGUCCGCCUCUCAGAACAACUGUCUGCUCGCGCGCUCGGCAUGGCCAGGGGAUAGCAAAGAAAAUUGAACCCCUGCACCGAAUCGUCUGAACGGGGCGUGCGAAACCGAUCCGUGCCCCGCUCACCGAACGAAGAAAAGAGACGUUCUGUGUGAAAUUGUUCAGCAAGAAUAAUAAUUGCCGCGCCAGUGAUACAAUUAUUUUAUUUAUAUUUUCGAAACUGAAGAGUUAGAAGAAGAAUUAGCAGAAGAUGGACCGUCAAGUCCAGCAACAGAAACAACAGUCGAGCACCUCGAGCAGCAGGACCGUCCAGCAGGUGUCCAGCACCCAGCAACAGUUCAGCAGGGUGGAACAACAUGUCACCCGCCAGGUCGUCACUCAGCAGCAGCAGAGAACAGUGCAAGGCGUAGUGUACCAGCAGUCGACGCCCGUUGCCUUCGCACCGACGCCGACCCCUGCCUAUGCCCCGACCCCCACCCUCGCCCCGACACCGACAUUCGCCCCAACGCCCACUUUCGGCCGCCCGGGGGAUGCCACGCCACCCGUCUUCGAACAGAUUUUCCGCAAUGCCAGAUUUGCACAGGAUGGCAAUGCGACCUUCGAAGGACGCGUGCGCGGCAACCCCACGCCGACCGUCGCGUGGACAAAGCAGGGUGUUGCCAUUCACGAGUCGGCCAAAUACAAAAUGCGUUAUGACGAGGUUAAGGGAGACGUGUCGCUGGUGAUCGUGCAGAUUGGCCCUGGCGACGAGGGCGAGUACACAUGCACGGCGACCAACCAGUACGGAGAGGCCAUCUGCUCGAUCCGCAUUCAGCCCGAGGGCCAAGGAUACCCCGGCAUGCGGACGCUGCACCAGCAGCAGCAGCAACAACAACAGAUUCAGCAGCAGCAGCAACAACUGCAGCAGCAAACUUCGACUGUGAUCCAGGGCGGCUACCGCAAGGAAUUUGCACAGACCUUCGAGUCGGCCCAGCAGGUGACUGGAACCCAAGAGACUUCAUACCAGAAAAGCUCCUCGUUUGGCCGAACGUCGGUUACGAACGGCACCAACGGCCACGUCAGCACCGUGACAAGCUCGUCGAUCGAGGAGGACUUCAAGGUGGACACUUUCGAGUACAGACUGCUGCGCGAGAAGGAGUACCGCCAAUCGAUCACGCGUCGAGAGGCUGGAGAGGCGGACGCCGAGGUGGCGCAGGGCGCCUCGCAGGGCCCCAUUGCGCCCCCGCAGAUCGCACAGAAGGCGCGCAACUCAAAGCUGCUGGAAGGCUCCGACGCCACCUUCUCAGUCAAAGUCUCCGCCAACCCUCCGCCAAGGCUUUCUUGGUUCAAAAACGGUGUGCGCAUUCAACUGACCGACAAGUACGAGAGCACCUACUCCAACCAGUCGGCCACACUGAACAUCAAGAAAGUCAAGGCAGACGACAGCGGACACUACACCCUUCUCGCCGAGAACCCCCAAGGCUGUGUUGUUUCAUCUGCCUUUUUGGCAAUCGAACCCACUGGGGCUUAUGAUGAGCACCUCAGAAGCCACAUUGAAAGCACGCAGCAAAUCCAGAGCCAGCAGAUCACGCAGCAGGAAACGGCCGAGGAGAGCAGCAAGAGCCUGGCUCCCAACUUCCUGCGCGUCUGCACUGACCGCGAAGUGACCGAGGGCAAGAUGACCCGCUUCGACUGCAGGGUCACCGGCAGACCAUAUCCUGAGGUCACGUGGUACUUGAACGGAAGACCAAUCUGCGACGACACCACGCACAAGGUGCUGGUCAAUGAGUCAGGCAACCACGCUCUCAUGAUCACCAACGUGCACCGCACCGAUGCUGGAACCAUCACUUGCGUUGCCCGCAACAAGUCGGGCGAGACCAGCUUUGAGUGCCAGCUGAACGUUGUGGAGAAGGAGCAGGUGGUGGCGCCCAAGUUUGUCGAGCGCUUCACCACCGUCACUGUCAAGCAGGGCGAGCCUGUUGUUUUAACCGCCCGUGCUGUUGGAACACCCAUCCCACGCAUUACUUGGCAGAAGGAUGGCGUUCCCGUCGCUUCUGGCCCAGAACUGAUUAUUUCCACUGAGGGCGGCGCGUCCACCCUCGACAUAGGCUGUGCCAAAAUCUCGGACGCUGCGUGGUAUCAGUGCACCGCGCAGAACAUCGCCGGCUCCACUGCCACGCGCGCCCGUCUCUUUGUCGAGACGCCCAAGGGCACCACUCCAGAGCCGAGGCGCCUCAACCUCCCUCGCCCCACGAGAAUCAUUGAGCCAGAGAUUGCUCCUGGUCCUGAGGUGAUCUUCCUCAAGCCAGUGGAGCGCGCAAAGCCGCACACUCCGCAGCCAGAGCCUGAAAAGCAAUAUCCCCCUCCCCAGUUUGUGGUGCCCUUGCAGGACAUCGCCCAGUCCGAGGGAGGAAGAAUCAAGUUUGAGGCUCGGGUUGAGCCCAACAACGACCCCACCCUCACUGUUGAGUGGUUCGUCAAUGGACACCCUCUUCCUGCUAGCUCUCGCGCAAACACUUCUUUCCGCUUCGGCUACAUUUCGCUUGAGCUCAUGUCCAUCAUCUACGAGGACAGCGGCGAGUACUUGUGCCGUGUGACCAGCGCCUCAGGCGUGGCCCAGUCGCAGGCUUUACUGUCAGUGAACGCCAGAGCCACCAUCGAGCAGCAGAGCCAGUAUCCGGACAGUCUGCAGUACAUUCAGCAGCUUGAGGACUACUCAAAGUACCAGAGGACCGAGAGCAUUGACGAGUCCGUCCACCAACGCCCCAACUUUGUCAAGCCCCUGCACGACCUGGGCGACAUUGCUGAAGGUCGCAACGCGCACUUCGAGGCCCAGUUGACGCCCGUCAGCGACCCGACCAUGCGUCUCGAGUGGUACAAGGACGGCCGGGCAAUCACUGCCAGCUCCAGGAUCACGACCAUCUUCAACUUUGGCUACGUUUCGCUCAACAUCAUGCACCUGAGAACUGAGGACGCCGGCACUUACACCGUUCGCGCGUACAACGCCCUUGGAGAGGCCGUCAGCAGCUCUGCUUUGAGAAUUAUUUCCCGUGGAAGUGUGACCGCCGACCUGGGAAUUCCUGAGCAGCAGCGUUACAUUGAGAAGAUCAGCGAACUCGAGGCCUACCAGCAGCAGCAGUACUCCAAGUACGCUGUUGAGGCCGAGGAGUCCGUGGACGCUCCCACCUUCAAAACUGGCAUCAAGGAGCAGAAGAGCAUCCGCGAGGGCGGAUUUGCCCACUUUGAAGCUCGUCUUGAGCCAGUCGGCGACUCUUCAAUGAGAGUCGAGUGGUACAAGGACGGAAAGCCUGUUGAAGCCAGCUCAAGGAUUACAAGCUUCUUCAACUUUGGCUAUGUAGCCCUCACAAUCAAAUAUGUGACCAUCCAUGACGUCGGCAUUUACACGUGCCGCGCCGUCAACGCAGCCGGACAGGCUGAGACCAGCGCCCCAUUGACCGUCAUUAGCAAGAAUGACGUUCAGUUUGAGACCCAACAUCCUGACGGUCUUGAGAAAAUUCAAUAUUUGGAAGAUUCAAGCCGCUAUGGCCGCACCACCCAGGAGGAGGUAAUUGCCCUGCAGAAGCCGCGUUUCCUUGGCCAGCUCAAGGGCACCAACAAAAUUGUUGAGGGUCAGCGUGCGCACUUUGAGGUGCGCAUCGAGCCUCUGAACGACACCACCAUGCAGGUUGAGUGGUACCACAACAACACGGUCAUCAUGAGUGCCAGCCGCGUGCAGACGUACCACGAUUUUGGCUACGUUGCUCUGGACAUCGUCGCCGUCCGCUCCGAGGACGCUGGCACUUACACGGUGGUUAUUCGCAAUGCUUUGGGAGAGGCGCACAUGUCAACCACCAUGGAAGUUGAAACUCGUUCCAGCAUCGACACUUCCACUAUGCACCGCAUGACGGUUGAAAAGACGCGCCACCUGGAAGAAUCAAAAUUCCAGGAGCCGCAGUACAACAUCGAGGAAGUUUCUCGCUCCAAGCCAAUCUUCACCCAGCCACUGACUGACCCGAAGCCAGUUUCUGAGGGCAAGAAUAUCCAUCUGGAGUGCAGACUGGAGCCCAUGGGAGAUCCCACAAUGAGAGUCGAGUGGUACUUCAACGGAAAGGCCAUCACAGUUGGCUCAAGAUUCAAGACUUAUUACGACUUUGGAUACAUCGCUUUGGACAUUGUCCACUGCACCACCUUCGACUCGGGCGAGUACACAGUGCGCGCCGUCAACAGUCUUGGUGAAGCACAUACCUCUUCGUGCGUGAGGAUUGUGAGUCGCGAGGGUGUCGACAAAGAUACUUUGAACGAAGCAGCUCUCCAGCAAAUCUACCUGCUGGAAGACCACGCGGCUCGCAGCAACCAGUACUCGCACGGUUUGGAGGAGGUCCAGGUGCAGCAGGUGCCGCAGUUCACCAAGCCCCUGCACAAUGUUGACCUGAUCGAGGGCACCAACGUGCAUCUCGAGUGUCGCCUUCAGCCCGUUAACGACCCCUCGAUGAGAGUCGAGUGGUAUGUCAACGGCAGGCCCAUCAAGACUGGACACCGCUUCCGUCCGGCGCACGACUUUGAUUAUGUUGCGCUCGACCUUCUGAGCGUCUACCCUGAGGAUUCUGGCGUGUACAGCUGCCAGGCGUACAACAUGCUCGGUGAAGCGGUGACUUCAUGCUCCGUUAAAGUUAUUGCCAAGAGGGAUCUGAUUUUGGACUCUCAGCACCAGACUGGUCUGGAAAAAAUGCAGUACCUCGAGGACUCCUCUCGCUACCGCAAGCAAGAAGUGACUGAGGAACUGGUGAACGUCAAGCCUCGCUUUGUCACCAAGCCCAAGAGCUUUGAUAACAUGCGCGAAGGCCAGCACUGCCACUUUGAGUGCAAAUUGGAGCCCGUCACUGACACCAAUUUGAAAGUCGAAUGGUACAAAAAUGGAAGGCCAAUCACAGUUGGUCACCGCUUCAGACCCAUCCAUGACUUUGGCUAUGUUGCCCUGGACAUUAUUGAUUUGAUUGCCGAGGAUUCUGGCAUUUACACUUGCCGUGCUGUAAACAUGAUGGGUGCUGACGAAACCAACUGCAACUUGAAAGUUACAAGCUCGUCUCAAAUUAUCACCACCACGCAAAACCAGAGCAACAUGGAGCAGCUGCAAUAUUUGGAGGACAGGUCGAACCGCUUCCGCAGCGAAUACUACGAGGAGUCCACCACUCAGGCUCCAGUGUUUACCUCUUCGAUCAAAAAUAUUGUCAUCAAGGAGGGUCAACGAGCGCACUUUGAGUGCCGCCUGAUUCCAGUUUCCGACCCAACAAUGAAGGUCGAGUGGUUCCACAACAAUGUUCCGCUGAAAACUGGAUCCAGAUUCACCGAGACCAACGCAUUUGGCUUUGUUGCUCUUGACAUCAUGUACGCUUACCCUGAGGACUCUGGCACCUACACCUGCAGAGCGAGCAACGCAAUGGGACAGGCCAUCACAUCAGCAACUCUUGGCGUGCAAUCCAAAAAGUCUAUCUAUCUGGAGACGCAGCACGAGUCUGCAAUGACCAAGAUAAAUUAUCUUGAGGGUUACAACAAGAGUGCGCCCACUCCUGCUCCGGACGAAAAUGUGGCACAAGCGCCUGUUUUCACACAGCCUGUCCGAGAUCUUAAGGUGGCUGAAAACCAAGCCGCCCACUUUGAGGCAAGGUUGAUUCCCGUCGGUGACCCCAAACUUAAGGUUGAGUGGCUUAGGAACGGAGUUCCCAUCCAAGCUUCUAAUCGUGUCACCACAAUGCACGACUUUGGAUAUGUGGCUCUCAACAUGAAAUAUGUAUAUCCUGAGGACUCUGGAACUUACACUUGCAGAGCCGUGAAUGAUCUGGGGCAGGCGGUGACCUCAUCACAGCUCAUUUGCCUUUCUAAGGAAUCGAUCAUCAGAGAGAUUGAAUCUCUGCAGUACGAAGAGGAUUCGUCUCGCUUGACGAGAACUGAGGACAUGGAAAAGAUUGUGACUCAGGCUCCGAAGUUUGUCACAAAACUCAACGGGCCAACUCAGCUGAAUGAGGGACAGAGUGCCCACUUUGAGUGCAGAAUCGAGCCUUAUCCCGAUCCAAACCUGAAGGUUGAGUGGUACCACAAUGGCCAGCCUCUGCAGACUGGCCACAGGUUCCGCACAACCUACGAUUUUGGCUUCUCUGCACUUGACAUUUUGACUGUUUAUGCCGAGGAUGAAGGCGAAUAUUUGUGCAUUGCUACCAACCGCAUUGGCAAGGCUAGCUCCAGCAUUAAGAUCACUGUGAAAUCCAAGGAGUCCAUCAGCUACGAAACACAGCAUGAAGGUGCUCUGCAGAAAAUCCAGUACCUCGAGGGAGACAGACGCACCGCCAGAGAGGAGGAAGAAGGCGCUAUUAACGAAAAGCCACAGUUUGGAAGACCACUGCGUAAUUUGGACAAUCUAACAGAGGGUCAGUGUGCCCAUCUGGAAGCCACUCUCACUCCUGUCAAUGAUCCAACAAUGAGAGUCGAGUGGUACUGCAAUGGUCGUCCAAUUCCUCAAGGUCAUCGUUUCAAGACAACUUAUGACUUUGGAUUUGUUGCUCUUGACGUUCUGUACGCGUACCCUGAGGAUUCUGGCACUUACAUGUGCAAAGCUCGCAAUGCCAUUGGCGAAGCUAUUACAACUUGCUCAAUCAAGGUUAAACCCGAAGCUGGUAUUCAGCUCGAAACUCUGGAUGAGGACAGGCUGAAGAAGAUCAGAACUUUGGAAGCUUAUGCACGUCCACUGAAGGAGGAAGUUGAUGCUGUUCCUCAAAAGCCAGUGUUUGUCACUGCACUCAACAGCUUGCAAAACGUCAAGGAGGGUGAGCACUCUCAUCUGGAAUGCCGUGUGGAGCCAAUUAAUGAUCCUAACUUGCGCAUCGAAUGGUUCGUGAAUGGAAUUGCAAUCAAGACUGGCCAUCGCUUCCGCACAACCCAUGAUUUCGGUUACGUGGCUCUUGACAUUCUGGACACUUAUUCCGAAGACUCUGGAACCUACAUGUGCAAGGCCACCAACAAUCAAGGAGAGGCUGUUAACACUAGCUCAAUCACAUGUCUUGCACGUCGCAGCAUCUACCUUGACUCUCAGCACCCUGAAGGUCUUGCGAAGAUCCAGGCGCUUGAGGCCCAAGGCCACCAGGGUCGUUUGGAAGUGGACGAGCCUGAGGCAACUCCGCCAAGAUUUGUCACCGAGCUGCAUGGAACAACGCAACUGGCCGAAGGUCAGACAGCUCAUCUUGAGUGCCAAGUUGAGCCCAUUCACGAUCCUAAUCUGAGAAUUGAGAUCUACCACAAUGGAAAGCCCCUACCAUCAGCCUCUCGCUUCCACAUCACCUUCGACUUUGGCUACGUGGCCCUCGACAUGACCCAUCUUGUGCCUGAGGAUAGUGGAGAGUACACUGUGAAGGCAGUCAAUGCACUAGGACACUGCACAACAAAAAUCAGCAUUCAAGUUUCCGGAAAGAGUGGUGUCAUUUUGGAGUCUGCAAGGCCAGAGGGUCUUGAAAAGAUUAAGAGGUUAGAAGGCCAAGGUGCUUUCAUAAGACCCGAGGUCUCUGAACCUGCAACAACUCAGCGCCCUGUGUUCACCGCUCCUCUGCAAAAUAUUGACCCUAUCAACGAGGGUCAAACUGCUCACUUUGAGUGCCGGUUGAUUCCAGUUAAUGACCCAACAAUGAAGGUUGAAUGGUUCAGAAACGAGCAGCCCAUUGAGACAGGUUCCCGCAUCACAAAGACGCAUGACUUUGGAUUCAUUGCUCUCGACAUCAACCACGUCCGCGAUGAUGACGUCGGCGUAUACAUGUGCCGCGCCACAAACGCAUUGGGCGAGGCUGUUACCACUGCGUCCAUGCGCAUCAGAAGCCAGGCAGACAUUCUGCUGGAAACGCAGCAUCCAGAGGGCAUGAGAAAAAUUGCCCAGCUGGAAAUGGGUCAGGAGCCAAGACCAGAGGAGGCUGACAAGGUCUUUGACAAGCCGAUUUUCACUCAAGUCCUCACUGGACCUUCAGAGCUCUGGGAAGGACAAAAUGCUCACUUUGAGUGCAGGGUUGUGCCCGUUGGAGAUCCAAACCUCAAGUUUGAGUGGUUCGUCAACGGUGUUGAACUUAAGCUUGGUUCAAGAUUCAAAUCCACUCAUGAUUUUGGUUUUGUCAACCUGGACAUCAGCGGCUGUGUGCCUGAUGAUUCUGGCUUGUACAUGUGCAAGGCAAGGAAUUUGGCUGGAGAAGCCGUCUCAUCAAAAGCUUUCAAAGUCAAAGUUAAGUCCUCGAUCGACCAGGAUCCACUACAUCCCGAUGCCUGGAAAAAGAUUCAGCUCGCAGAGGCUGAGAAGAACAAAGUCCCAGAAAUGUUUGUUGACACAACACCUAAGCAGGCACCCGUCUUUACCACCCAUCUUUCUAACUUUGACAAAAUCGUUGAGGGACAGCACGUUAAAAUCGAAGCUCAAGUUGAGCCCCGUGCUGACCCCAACCUGCGAGUUGAGUGGUUCAAAAAUGGAAUUUCUCUCACAACUGGUGCAAGAAUCAGGAGCACUUUCGACUUUGGACAUGUUUCUUUGUCCAUCAAUGGUUCACGCGCAGACGAUUCUGGAAUUUACACCUGCAAAGCUGUCAAUCUUCUUGGUGAAGCUGUUUCUACUUGCUCCGUCAAAGUUGAAGAUCGUCACUGGCUAUUGGGAGGCUCUCUGCGUCCCGAUUCUCUACCAAUCAUUGAGGCUCUUGAAACACCAAAAGAUGUCAAAAUCGAGUCUCCGGAACCAGUGUUCGAAUCUCCUGUCUUCAUUACUCAUCUGAACAAUGUUGAACUGAAGGAAGGAGAGACCGCUCACUUCGAAUGCAACGUCGAGCCUUCAAAGGACCCAACGAUGAAUGUUGAAUGGUUUGUGAAUGGCAAGCCCCUGCCCACUGGAUCAAGAUAUAAGUCCACAUACGACUUUGGAUAUGUUGGCCUUGAUAUCACAGGAUGCUAUCCUGAAGACGCUGGAAUCUACAGCUGCAAGGCCACCAACAACAAAGGACACGCUGUCACAACUGGAAGCCUGCGUUGCACAUCCAAAACUGACAUUUAUCUGGAUACACAGCAUCCGCAAGGACGUGCUGGUCUUGAAGCUGUGCAAGAAGCAGAAGAAGCAUUGGCUAGCAGAAGCCAGAGGCAACCCUCUGAAGCUGAGCCUGAAUAUCCCAAGCCAGUAUUUGUUGUUCCAUUGGAACCGCAGUUUAAUUUGGGAGAAGCAGAGCCACUGCACCUUGAGUGCCAGGUCGAACCCAAGAAUGAUCCAAAUCUCAAAGUUGAAUGGUUCUUCAAUGGAAAAGCUUUGGACCAUGGAUCAAGAUUCAAAAUUACAACCGACUUUGGAUUUGUCACUCUUGACCUGGUUGAGGUCUAUGAGCGUGAUCAAGGCAUUUACACAUGCAAGGCAGUCAACAAGCAGGGAGAAGCUUUCACAUCGACCACUAUCUACUGCACUGGCAAAGAGGGUCUCAUUGAGAAAACUCAGCAUCCUAAGGGAGAGGAAGGUCUUGAAAAGAUCAAGGAGCUUGAAGACUCUAUGGGCAACGCGGGUGCACCAUCUGCCGAUUCCGAUGAAGGCAAAGCGCCAGAAUUCACUUCUCAGUUCCAAAAUCUGUCCAACCUCAGUGAAGGUGAAAUUGCUCACUUUGAAGCGUCGCUCACUCCCGUCGGUGACCAAACUAUGGUCGUCGAAUGGUUCUACAAUGGCGAGGUUCUCAAGGCAAGCCACCGGGUGCGCACUGUUUACGCAUUUGGAAUGGUUGUGCUUGAAAUUUUGGGAACCAAGAUUGAAGAUUCCGGAGAGUACACAUGCAAAGCGACAAACAAAUGGGGCAAGGCUGAAAUCAGUCUCAAUCUUGAUUGCGUUGACAAGCUCAAGGGACAAAAGCCUCAGUUUACAAGCCAAAUUCAGAGCAUUGAGGGGCUCAAAGAUGGAGAUUCCGCUCACUUUGAGUGCACUCUUAUUCCUGUUGGAGACCAGAACCUCAAGGUUGAAUGGUUCCACAACGGACAGCCACUGCGCCAUUCUUCCCGCAUCAAGUCGGUAUCCGACUUUGGAUUUGUCGUAUUGGACAUUGCCUAUGUUCAGAGCCAAGAUUCUGGAGAGUACGUUUGCAAGGCGACAAACAAGUAUGGAGAGGACACCACCAAGGCAUUCAUUAAGUGCGCUGGCAAGGGAGGAGUGUAUCUCGAAUCGCUGCAGCCAGAAUCUUUGGCUCGCAUCAGAGAACUGGAAGCUCAAGGCAAAGCAGCCCCGAAUCUUACCUCCCCUUCGGCUGAGCCUCCCAAGUUCACCAAACACAUCACCAACGUUGAAACCCUCAGCGAGGGCCAGAGUGCCCACUUUGAGGCAAGGUUGACUCCUGUAGCCGAUCCUACUCUUACUGUUGAGUGGUACUUCAACGGCAAGAAGUUGCCCACUGGACACCGCUACAGGACCUUCCACGACUUUGGCAUUGUCAUUCUGGAUAUUUUGUACUGCUACGAGGAGAAUUCUGGCGAGUACGAGUGCCGUGCAGUCAACAAAGUUGGGUCUGAUGUGACAAAGGCAACGCUGAAGUGCAAGUCUAAGGCAAAUCUCAUUCUCGACUCUCAACUGCCUCAGGGCAUGGAGGGAGGUUUGCAAAAGAUUCAAAAUCUUGAGGACUCUGCGUUUAGAUCAAGAGACGAACGAGGCACUGACCACACGGGCAAGGCACCUGUAUUCACAGUUCCUCUUGCAAACAUCGACAAUCUUAGAGAAGGAGAGAGUUCCCACUUUGAGGCAAAGCUCACUCCUACUGAUGAUCCUAAACUGACGGUUGAAUGGUUCUGGAAUGGAAAGCCACUUAAAAUUGGAUCUAGAUUCCGCACAUUCUAUGACUUUGGUUUUGUCAUUUUGGAAAUUUCACCAGUCUACCCUGAAGAUACAGGAGAGUACUCUUGCAGAGCCACAAACGAAUAUGGCGAGGCAGUGACCUCAGCAAUUAUGAGAGUACAAGGAAAGCGAAGCAUUAUCUUUGAAUCACAGCUGCCAAAGGGCAUGGAGCGCACCAUUGAGAAAAUUGCUGAGCUUGAAGGUCUCAAUGCUGACCAAAGACCAUUGCCCACCGAUGACGACACUGGAAAGCCCCCUGAGUUUGUCACCAAUCCAAGUGACCUUAUUCUCGCUGAGAACUCUCUGGCUCACUUCGAGUGCCGCCUCACUCCAGUCAACGAUCCCAGCAUGCGAGUGGAUUGGUUCCACAACGGAAAGGCUUUGUGGGCCGGCUCAAGGAUCAAAACCAUCAACGACUUUGGAUUUGUCAUUCUUGAGGUUGCCGGCGUUUACCAGAGAGACUCAGGAUUGUACACAUGCAAGGCCACAAACAGGCACGGAGAGGCAAGUGUCAGCUGCAAGCUGCAGGUCAGAGGUCGCCAGGGCAUCGUUCUGGAACCUCAGCUGCCUUCGAGAUUCCAGUCUGGAACAGAGAGCCUGCUGAAAUUGGAAGAAACUUUGCACAAACGGGAUGAGAUUAUGCCUGAGGACGAGAAACCAGAUCCACCAAGAUUCACAGUUGAGCUCAAGGACGUGCUGAACGUGGCCGAGGGCGCCGCAGCCCACUUUGACUGCAGAGUUGAGCCAGUCGGUGACUCAACCAUGAGGAUCGAUUGGUUCCUCAACGGACGUCCGUUCCCAUUCGGAUCUCGCGUGCACACCAUCAACGACUUUGGCUAUGUGGUGCUUGACCUUGACUGGACCUAUCCUAGAGAUUCUGGAGAGGUGCUCUGCAGAGCUGUUAACAAAUGGGGAUCUGCCACCACAAAGGCACAGCUCACUUGCAAAGCCAAGAGAGGAAUUGUCAUGGAGACUCAAUUGCCCGAAGGAUUGGUGGGAGAAAAGUUGGCCGAUCUUGAGAAGGGCAAUUACAAUCCCAUCAUCAAGGAGGAUGUGCCUCUCACGCCACCCAAGUUUAUUACACAGAUUGAGAGUGUCGGCAUGACUGAAGGAGAACCGGUUCACUUUGAAUGCCACGUUGAGCCGAAGUUUGACCCGAACCUCAAAAUUGAGUGGUUCCACAAUGGCAAGCUCCUGUCCUCAGGACAUCGCUUCAGAACAACCUACGACUUUGGCUUUGUCUCCAUGGACGUCCUCUACGCCUACUCUGAAGAUUCUGGCGAGUACGUCUGCAAAGCCACAAACGAGCUUGGCUCCGACACCACGAAAGCUAAAGUUGUGUGCAAAAAGCUUCCUUCCGUCCUGCUGCACAACCAGGUGCCUAGGGGCAUGAAGAAGUCUGAGGCUUUGAUGCAGAUGGAAGCGACCAUCAAAAAGUACACUUCUGAAGUCCAUCUGACUGAGGAUGAUCUGUACGACGCAGACAAGAAACAGCCGCCUCGAUUUGUCACUCAAAUCAAGAGUCAGACCGAAUUGGUUGAGAUGGAGAGCACCAAGUUUGAGUGCCAGCUGGCCCCUGUUGGAGAUCCUAACAUGAAAGUGGAGUGGUUCUUCAACGGCAAGCCUUUGUCUCACAAAAAUCGCUUCACUCCGAUUUACGACUUUGGCUAUGUGGCGAUGAACUUUGGCUGGGUCUAUCCAGAGGACAGCGGUGAAUACCUGUGCCGAGCGACCAACUUGUACGGCAUGGAUGAGACCAAGGCCAUUAUCAAAACGGCCGGAAAGCCUGGCAUUGUUUACGAAUCUCAGCUGCCAAAGGGCAUGAAGAGUAUUGAGCGCAUUAGAGAGAUGGAGGCCGCCUGGCAAGUUGUGCCAGAAGAGCCUGACGAGGACGACAAGCCAAAGCAGGCGCCUGUGUUCGCUCUGAAACCAGACCCUGUAAUGGUUGAGGAAGGCAGAAUCGCCAGAUUCACUUGCCGCGUCCUUGGUCAUCCCAAGCCACGAGUGAUGUGGCUGGUCAACGGACACACUGUUCUUAAUGGUACUCGUUACAAGCUGAACUUUGACGGCAUGUACCACAUGGACAUCCCGAAGGCGCGCCAGUACGACACUGGCAAGGUAGAGGUGAUUGCCCGCAACUCAUCCGGCGAGGCUUAUGCCACAGUCGAGUUGACUGUUAACGCGCGUUACGACGACUUCCGCAGCGUGCUGAAGAAUUCACCAAGGCAAAUUGUUGGAACUCCGGAAUACAGAAAGCCAUUGUGGGUAACAGAAAUGGAAGCUUUGGCAGAGAGAUUGAGUGCACAAGAGGCACCUCCAUCAUUUGUCCAAGAUCUGACUGACAAAAGAGGCAAAGAGGGCGAGUCUAUUAAAUUUGAAUGUCAAUUCUCAGGAACACCUAAGCCAGAAUGUGUCUGGCUACAUGACGACAAAUUAAUCAAGCCAUCCAAGAAUAUCAAAAUUACAAUUAAGGACAACAAAACCUCUUGUCUUAUCAUCAGCGCCGAGCGAGAAAAUGAAGGCGUUUAUACGUGCAAAGCUGAAAGCUCUAUUGGAACUGCAAUAACCAAAGCCUCCCUAUACUGCCACGACCUGACCGAGGAGGAAAAAGAAAAACUAGAAGCUAAGAAACGCGCAGAGCUGGAGGUGAAAAAGAAAGCUGAAGCCAAAAAGAAGAGACUCGAAAUAGAAAAGAGACUUUUCGAAGCAGAAAAAAAGAGGCAGGAUGAGGAGCACAAGGCUAAGAAAAAGGCUAUUGAAGAAGCCAGAGAGAAAAAGGCAGAGGAGGAAGCGCAGCAAAAGCAGAGAGAUAAGGAGGCUCGCGAACAGGCUCGUCUCCGCAAACAAGAAGAGAGGAAACGAGGCAAGACCGAAGUCAAGGCGGAGAGCGUUACAUUAAAAAAAGUGGACCAAACACAGCUGGAGCAGCAAAGGGCCGAACAUGUACCGAUCGAGGAAACUCUUGAGUUCCAAAACAAAGCAGCCAAGAAGGCGAAAGCUCACGCUAAGCAAGAUGAAAAUGAGGGUGUUUCCGUGACCCAUGUCCAAAGUGAGCAAUCUACUGGCGAGCUGACUAUGCAGCAGAAGAAGGAGCGCAGGGCGAAGCGAAUGUCUAUUCCGGAGGCCGAAAGAGCGACCGUGACAACAACUAGCACAGAAUCUGCAUAUGUCGAAAGCAUGAUGGAAUUCAUUGGUGUUGAGGAUUUCAGCGCAGAAGCUGAAGAGCCACUUAGGGAUCUGGCAAAGAUCAGUUUCCGUACCAGAAUGGGUGUAAGCACAGAAGAGGUGACGGCUGCCUACGAGGCAGGAGAGUUCCCUGCUUUAAGGGCGCCGGAGGCUCAGAUGGCGAUGGUGCAGCUGGUUGAGCGAGAGGGCUUUGGUGCUCUAAUCGCCGAGGUGGUUGCCGAGGAGAAUGUGGCUGAAGAACAGCUUGCUGCAACCGGCUUCAGAGCUCUAAUGAGAGUUGUAGAGCAGGGCAGCGCCCAAAUCGAGGAAGUCAUGACGCACAUUGAACCAGAGGACUUUUUCUGGGAGGAACGGACAGAGCAUGCCCAACAGGGUGCAUACAAUGUAGAGUAUGGAACCGCCGUUGGCUCAUCGGCCGAUGUAAAAGAAAUAAGAAAAAGGCUGAUAAAGAAAAGGAUUGUGGCGGAAAAUGAAGAAAAAACUGACGAAGAAACCAUCCAGAAAUCUCUGACACAAAUCAAAAUAAACACAUCAAACGAUGAGGCCGGCGUUACAAUCACAGAGCUACCGACAGAGGAGCCAGACAACACUUUGGCACUAGUGGACACCACAAAAUCACAGGUCAAAACUAAAGGAAAACCCACAAUAGAAACUAUGAAAUUCACUGAAAUGACAGAAGAACGAAAUACAAUAGACACAAAAGCCACCAAGAACAUAGGUAGAAAAGGAAGCGAAGAAAUCGAGGAGGAAGACAUCACUAAACGAACCGUGGUUAAAAAGACGAAGAAAAGUCCCAAGAAAGAAAGAGAUGAAGCAGAAAUUGACAUCAUUGUUCGUGAAGAAAGCGAUGGUUUGCAGAUGAAAAAGAAAACGACAAAAAUGGUAGUCGAAGCACUACUUUCAAAGAAUGACUUUGAGGAAAUUUUAUUUGAGGAGGCAGGUAAAUACGAGUCAAAUGCAGACAUUGAGCAAAAGCUUCCAGCCCUUCAAAGAACAAACCAAAUGAUUAACACGGUUUCAUCUUCCCACGCUACUCAAUUCGAUGUGUCUCAAGAAAUUGGUAGUGCAGUUUGCAAAUUUGAUACAACCAGUGCUCUGCAACUUCAGGAAGUCACUCCACAGGAGUUUACUGGCAACUAUACCUCUAACAAAGAUAUUGAGAAAAAGGUGCCUGCGCUUUUGAGCACUAAGCGGCUAAUAGAAAGCACUCCAAUCUGUGAAACAAGCAAUUUUGAUAUCGCUGAUCAACCUUCAGUGGUACAACCAACAUUAUCACCUGCAACUGCUAUUCAGCAGCAGGAAAUUGUAGCCCAGGAAAACCCUGACCAUUUUAGUAAGGAGAGAAAAACAGAAGAAAAAAUUGCUUUAUUGCAAACCUCAGCGGAAUCAAUUGAAAACUUGUCAAUCAGUCAAAGUGCCGAAUUUCAUACUUCAACUGAGAAACUUAUUGCAACAAGAAGACUCUCGACUACAACGGCCGUCCUUCAGGAGCAAGUCGUUGCCAGCGAGCAGUCGGGAAGUUAUUCCUCAAAUAGGGAUUUGCACAAGCAAGUUUUGUCAACGCAAACGCCAAUAGAUUCAAUGGAAGUAAACUCCUCAUUAGUAACUUGCGAAAUUGACACCAAACCUCCUGCAGACGUUCCAAUUCCAUCUACUUCUUUGGCAUUUGCAUUACAGCAACAAGAAGUUACGGCUCAUGAAAACGUUACGAAACAAAGCACUGAUAUUUUUCCAGAGCAUAGAUUAUCAACGCUAUAUACGAUUGAUGAAAAUUUAGAAGUGACCGCCACCCAGCAGACUUGCGAAAUAAAUACUGCUAAAGAAUUAACUACUGCUAACCAGAACCUUUCAUUGGUUAAUUCGGUCGUCCAAGGGGUCGUAAUUCCAACUGAGCAAACUGAACUUUGUUUAUCCAGCAAAGAAGGCGAAGUAAAAGCACCAUUAUUAUCAUCCAUGCAGGAAAUUAACGAAGCCAUUUCUUCGUCUCAAACUUGCGAGAUUAAUUUGUAUGAAGAGAAAAAAAGUGCCUCUUCAGUUAUGUCCACCGCUUCAGCGUUACAGCAAAGCGAGGUAAUAGCAACUGAGCAGACGGGCGACCACAAAACACUGGAUAACGGUGUAAAAAUUUCAUCUCUUCACAUACCGAAGGAUGUAAGCGAGGUUGCGCCGGAGAUUCAGACAUGCGAACUGGACCAAAGGAAAAUUGAGGAAAAAGCGACAAGUAAAUUUGAUACUACAAAUUCUCUUCAGCAACAAGAAGUUUUGCUAAGCGAAGAAACUGAAAUUUACACAUCAAAUCACGAUAUUGAAAACAAAAUUUCCGCUAUUCAACUGACACAGGAUAAAAUUGAAACUAUGCCAGAGUCCCAAACGUGUGAAAUUGACACAUCAAAAGAAAUUGGCCAAGCAAGCAGCUUAUACACUUCUGCAAAUGCAAUUACUCAAGCCAUCAUAAUUGCAAAUGAAGACGCUGGUUCGUAUUCAACAAAUAAAGAUAUUGAAAAGAGGAUUUCAGCACAGCAGAGCACUCCACAGAGGAUUGAAAGCGUUCCUGAGCAAAUUUCUUGCGAACUUGACGUGGUGCAUGAAGAGAGAGGAAAUGCAAUCAAUAAACUGUCAACAGCAAAUGCACUCAGCCAACAAGUUGUAUUUACGAAUGAAGCGACCAAAAAUUACAAAUCAAACUUGGAUUUGGCUAAAAAAAUUCCUCUUACGCUUACACCCAAGGAGUCAAUUGAAACAAUGCAGACUGCGCGGCUCUGCAACUGGGAAGCAAAAUUGACUGAUCAGGAAAAGGGCACUCCAAAGUUAUCUACAGCAAGUGCUAUUAGCCAACAAUUCACAGUAACUCAAGAGCACUCUGAAGGGCUGACCGCAAUUAAGGGCAAUGAAGUGCAACUUGCGCCUCUCCAAACAACAGCCGAAUCAAUUGAGUCAGUAGCAACAAUGGAGACUAGCAAGUUCGACAUAAUUAAAGAGCAACCACAAUCAGCCCAAACUAAAUUGAACGUGUUGCCAAUUACUUCUCAAGAGUUUGUCACUCCUCACGAAACUGUCAGCGAAGUGAACUUACAGCAACAAAAAAUUACUAUGGCCUCCAAAAAUGUCACGACUGCUGAAUCAAUAUCUGUGCAAUCUGAGAGUAUAUAUGAUGCACUUCAAGGGAUACCAGCUCAGAAACUUCCACAGCAGAGUGAAGCUCACUGGAAACUUGCAGAAAUGACAGGAGUUUCAGUUACGGAGAUGAUAAUUCAAAACGAAACUAUAGUUAAGAUUGAUGAAAACAUAGUUAAAAUGCAGCCUUUAAUUGAAUAUGAAAGACAGCUUAAUGCUGUCAUCGUUAGCGAGCCUUCAGAACAGCACGCCGAGGAACAAAUGGCAAUUCAAAAAGCUCCUUUAGCCUCUGAAGCUACCACAAAUAUUCAAUUGAGUGAGGCAACCAACAUUUUGCAAAUAACUGAGGCCGAAAAAGAGCAAACUUUGCCCGCGCAGGGAACACCAACAACAUUUAAACUUAACGUUCAACUUCCACAGUCAUCUAGUGUUAUGGUACAAGACGUUUACGCAGAAGAAAAGCCAUCUAAAUAUUACCCAGAACGAUUUGUCCCUACGGAGUAUGCUGAACAGUCUGUUGCAUUUGCAAAUGUUAUACAGAAAAGCUAUACACAGCCUGCUGAAAAAGAGGGCACUUUCAAAGAGUUCCAAAUUCCCAAAGGCACACACGGAACUACAGAAUAUGAAGGAAACAAAAGUGGUUUAGUUGUCAUGGAACAUACUCUUAGUGAGAGGGAGGAAGUUCUUGAUAGCAAACCCAUUGAGCAAGCAACGCCAAUGGGUAGAACUGUUAGUAUUCCAGCUUUUACACCAACACAAACAUCAAUAAUUACGCAUGACUCCAGCAAAGACUUUAAAACUUUGGAACCAGAAAGUAAAACAGCAAAAUUAAUGUUCAGUCCACAGUCAGCUUCGGAGGCAUUUGAUAUUUUCCUAAUGGAAAAAGAGGGUCAAUAUGCAAAACAAGUGCAGCCUGAGGGCACAGUUACUCAAUCCGUGUCUGCCUUGCAAAUUGGUACCAUAGGUGAUAUCAUCAUUCAAGAUACUGAAAGAGAACUUGCACCCAGGCAGUGUGUACCACAGGCAGUUGCAAGUAGGAAUGUCACUUUACAAAAUAGCAUUUGCGGAGAGACAAUUCAAGUUCUUGAUUUUGAUCUGAAGCCACUAAAAGAAAGUUCUUUCAGCACAGCUUUCGCCACAUCGAAAGAGCCAAAAACACUUCAAGUUGCUAUAACUCAAUCUACCUUACCAUCACUUGGUGUUAGUGACUUAGUUUCUGAAGGACAAGCCUUAUUGGAGAAACCAAAACAAAGUUUUGAGGGCGCAAGAAUUGCAUCAGAAACAAAAAGUAUUCACCCUGGGGAAACGGUUGAUAACAUAAUUCCUAGUGUGAAACCUUGCGAGCAAUCUGCACUGUCCACCGCCGAAAUAUUAUUUCAAAUUGGCAUAAAACAAGAAACGAUUCUAGCUGAAGAUGUUGAAAAGAACGUUUUAGAAGCCACCACAUUUUCAAAAGCGACUCUAGCUCAAUUUCCACUGGAAAGUAAAUUUAUUGAAGAACACACAAUUGUUGAGGGUAUGCAUGAAUUCGAAAGGGCAGCGGUACACGUAGAAGCUGCACAAAUUUCCCUCAUUCCGCAAAGCACGUAUUCAACGACCGAUUUGCAAGUACAUGAGACUGAAAAAAAUUUAGAGGAGCCUGAGAAGUUCAUUAAACAAGCCACUCCAAGCGUCCAAGAAAAAUCUGCCACCAUUAGUGAAGAGCCAGUUGUACAUGAGAGUGAAAUAACUUUAAAACAAGAAAUGGCACCAGUUUUUGGUAGAGCUGAAAAUACCCUUGCUCCAAUACAUGCCACUGCAAUUACCCAUCAAACGACUAUAGCGGACAAUGUUGAUGACCUAGCUUCAGAAUAUUCUAUGCAGCUGAAAAAUGCUGAUGUGUGUAUCUCAGACAAAAUAAGCAUAUUAACGUCUCAGAUUGAUGUUCAGGAAGAAGCCAAAAGCAGAUCAAUUUCUCCGGAGGUCGAAAAGAAAAGAGCAAACGAGACGAUUUCCAGGCCAGUUGGAGUUGCAACAGUAAUUGAAAAUAUAAUUGAGGAAAAAGAAGCAGCUAUAGAACAGGAAAAUCAAAGUGAGAAGAAAGGUGUUGUGCUAAUGACACCUUUAAUGAAAAUGAACGUCACCGAAGUGGUGGAUACACUUGAGCAAGCGGAAAUGUUCAAAGACAAAGCAAAAUUCAACUCAUAUCGCUCAGCAUUAGUAUCAGAAGACACAUUACAAACUAGCAUACGAGAGGAGCCCCAGAUUAUGGAACGGUUGGAAAACUUAACUCUUCCUUAUCACGGUAAUGAGAUUGCAAGGUCUGAUUUGGUUCCAGCACUAUCAGAGAAAAACAUCGAGGAGCAAAUCGUGCUUGAACAGCUACAGCCUUUUAAUGAACCAGCCCAAAAAUUACAAUUAGCAAGCGAAGCGAUGUCCAAGACAUGCGCAACUGCAGUAGUAACUGAAAAUUUUGCAGAGGAAAAAGAAUCAUCCUUUUCAGAAAUGCCUAGUUUUAAAACUGAAAAAGGAACGGAGGCAAUUUCAGCACUGCAGACAAAUCCGGUUGUUUCUAUAGUGAACACAUUGGAUCAACCGGUAUAUUUCGAAAGCAGACAGGAGCCUGAAAAAUUCAUCCCAACUAUUACAUCCGAAGGAGCAUAUUUUGCAUCCAUGAACCAAGAAACUCGUACAAUUGAACAGCCAAUUGCAUUAAGCACGCAAAAACCUGCAACUGGAAAUGCGAAGUCCGAAUUCACAAAACCUAGAUCGCAAGUUCAAGUGGAGGAGCAAAUAACAUUUGAUCAAAUAAAUACUAUCCAACCAACGGUGCAAGAGGUACAGAAUGCAAGUGAAAGUUUUUCAAACGCAAGAAGUCUUGCAAUUGUGGCCGAAAACAUUGUCAGUGAUGGAGUUGAAGAUUUUCAAAAAGGCUACGACUGUAAACUGGAGACAGGAACACAGAGCUUCACUGAUGGCCGUAAAAAAACAGUGGUUUCCAUUACGGAAACGCUUGAACAACCUGAAUAUUUUAUAGGGGAGAUUAAAAAAGAACACAUUUCUCCAAAAUCCGUGCCAGAUGAUGCCUUAUCCACUAUAAUGCAAGAAGAAAUACAUUGUGUUGAGCAAUCGCAGGAAUUUCAAGCAGCUCAACAAUAUCAAGACACUGCUAAACAAGAUAUUAUUCCACAGACGCCCUUGAAACAAAUUAGCGAGCAAAAUGUGUUAGAACAAACUUCUAAUUUAGUACAAACCGAGAAGGAGGGGAAAAAGGCAACCGAGAGCCUCACAAAAUUCAGAAUUUCAGCCGUCAUUACCGAUAUAGCUUCAGACGAAAAAGAGGCAAAUUUACCACAGAGACAGAGUUUGAAAGAAGAAGUUGUUUCAACAACAUUUACGGAACUCAAGAAAAAAUCUGUUGUGACAAUAGUUGACACCCUCGAACAGCCAGAAUACUUUCAAAGCCAAGUUCAACCAUCUAUAACAUUUUCACAAAGUGCUAGAACUGAAGCAUUGCAGACAAGUGUUAAUGAAGAAAUUGUUUGCGUGGAAGCAACUGCAAAUAUUAUCGAGCACUUGCAAACAGAAGAGAAGGCUAAGCAAGAAUUCAUCCACGGGCAUCCUGAGAAACAGUGUGAAGAGCAAAUUGUUCUUGACGAUGUAAGACCUUUCGCUGACCUUGGAAGUUCACUCUUACAAUCAGCUGGAGAGAGCACAAGAGAAUUCAUCCAUGCCACCGUCGAUGAAGUUGUUUCUGCUGAGAUGGAAAAUAUUUGCACUGUCAAAGACUCUUUAAAAGCUAAGAGUGUUACUUUAGUUCUUGACGCAAACAUUUUGCAACUGCCAAAUAAAAUGGUAGUCCAAGAAAGCACAACAACGGCUGAAUUAAUUCAUAAGAGAGACGACUCUGCUGUUGCUAAAGAAAAAAUGACUGGGUUGCCAAGUACAAUAAACGAUAUUCCUGAAGUUCUGGAGACAAUCAAGUUACUUCACGAGAAAGGUCGGGAGGAAGGAGUUGCAAAUGUGUUGGCAACAGAUGCAAUCAUCUCGCCCUUGUGCAGUGAGGACGUUGCGCUGGCAUCAAUAUCCCAGUUAGAAAAUGUUGAAAACAAGAACAUGCGUGCCUCACCAGCCAUUUCAGAACUCACACAUUCGGCGGCAAUUAAAUCGAUGGUCAGAGUAGGACAAAAGGAGGCUCAGUUGAAACCUUUUGAAAAGGAAACAAAAAAACCAAAUAUUGAAUAUGAAAAAGUUCUACAACUUGCAACAACUACAGAAACUAAAGCGGAAGGACAUUUCAAAAAUUUAGAGAAUACUGAAAAAGAGAAACCAAGGCAUGGAUUAAGUUCAAUUGAAACACAAAUUGCAGCAAGCGUCUCUUCCUUGGAAGUGCACGAACAUGAAGAAGAAUUCAAAGGCAGAGCAGUAAUAACCGAAGAUUGCAAAAUAAAGACGACUGAUUGCAAAAUUGCCCCUGUUCUUACUACCACAGAUUUUGACAACUUUCCUGGUACAAUCAAGCCCUUCCAAGCUACUCAAGAGCAUGGUAGUGUCACAGUUACUAGCUUCAAUGAACUACAAACCUUUCAGAUUGGUUUCAAUGAAAGAGAAGACUCGCUAAAUGAUCAAAGAGCACCAAUUGCAUCUCACGCUUCAACCGCAGUGGAUAAACGUACAUCAUUAACCUGUAUUGAAAUCAAUGCAGAGAGAGGUUUAACUCCAUUGCAUGAAUUACUUCCUGCAGAAUACAAAUGCACAGAAGAGAUGAAAACACUGCCGGUGGCAGAAACACAGGAGAUAAGUACAAAUCAAGAUGUGAUUGAAAUGAUCACGCCCAUUGAACAUUUAGCAGCAGCCUUUGGCUCCAUGCAAUCAACGUUAACCGCACCUCAAAUUGCAGAAGAAACAGUUAUGCCAUCAAUAGAGAAUUUAGAAGGUGAUAAGCCAUCUAAAGCAACGUUGGUUCUACUUGAAACUUCUGCAGUUAGUGUUUUGCAAGUGAAUGUUGACGAGAAUACUAAAGUAAGAGAAGUGGAGGAAAUUCCUAAAAAUAUUAUAGCCAGAAAAUCAAUAACAUGCACUUAUGCUGCCGAGUCAACUGAGCCACAUGUUUUGUCAAAAGCCACCGAGUUGACUGAAGAAAUUAAACAAAUUGGCAACGCUGAAGUGCAAAUUCUGCCCCACCAACAAGUCGCCAUUCAUCAUGUAGUGCCGCAAGGAGAUGAGGUUCCUUUCAGCAUACCCGAAGCAAAAGAACAGAGAGCAAAAACAGGUACUGUAUCACACCAACACACUUCCCAGACAAUAAUUCAAACACAAAUGCAAGCAGAACCACAAGAAACAGUCACAUUUGUUGUCAAACACGCAACCGAAAACACAGCAAUUGGUGCCCCUACGCAACCGAUCACAAUAGAAAACACAACUAAAUUUAGUCUGGAAACAAAUACAGCAUGUAACGAACAACUACAUGAAACAAAAUCAAUUGAAUCGUCCCAUGGACAAGAUGUCUCACAAACACCAUUAAUAGGUCCAAGCUGUACCAUUCAUGAAACAAGAAUCAAUACACCUCAAAUACAAACAGAACCACAAACAUUAAGUACUAAAAUACGAAACACAACCAAAGAACAGGAAGGUAGUGAAAAAAUCUCCAUAGAUCGUCAAUCUGAAUUAAACCUUGAAGUAAGCAAGGAUAAGAAACAAACCGAGAGCAAACAGAAAGACAAAUAUUUACACACGGAUUUCACAGAUGAAAUAUCAUAUGAGGCUGUCGAUUUGCAGAACCAAUGUCGCAAGGAAAUUGAAAUCGUGCUAUCUGAAGCUACUUUUGAUCAGUUAACCGAAUGCACAAUAGAAAGCUCGGACCUCAGAGAAGAAAUUUAUUUCGUAGUGGCAAAAUGCAACGAAGUGUUGAAAGAAAAAUUUUCAGUUGAAACAACUGAGCAAAUAAUCUAUGAUCUCUGGAAAGAUGAAAUACUUCCUUCUGCAGAAAUUCAGCACACAAAUUUACAUUUGCCAAAGAAGAACUAUUUUCCAAUUGUUCAGGAGCUAAUCGAGACGCACGAAUACUUAGACGAUCUGUUAGCUCCAGAACGGUUGACUCAAAGGGCUUUUAUUUGCUUUGAGCUGGCUAUUGCUAUUGAAAAAUUCUUUCAUCUCGAAUAUGAAGAACUUGCAAAUGCUUUGAUACCAAGAGUUUUUCAAAAAAAUGCAAUUGUCGAGACAAUACCAUUCCAGAUUGGUACGGUAGAGAUGUGGUCAAAGAAAACAGCCUUACAAUCUACAUCACUAGACGUACCUAUCAAGCCUGCUCUUAAGAAAAUUUCAGGAGAGAUGAUAGAAUUAAUGGAGGCAGAGAAGGAGGAGAUUAUUCUACCAUUUCUACCAGUAGAAGAACCGAGAGAAGGGACAUACAUGGAUGUAACUGCGACAUUGAUAUCCGAAAAGGAAAAACGUGAUAUGACUGUGCAAAAAUUAUUAGACAAGCAAGAAGUAGCCAGUACACUAUUUACAGACCAACAGCUACAAGCAAGACAACGACCAGAAAACCAAACGCCAACUGCAUGUGAAAAUCCACACGUUCAAAAAGAGCAACAUUUUCUAAGAAAAACAUUGACAGAGCGACCCAAAGAAAAACUUGCAGAGAAUCAAGCGCAAGAUAUUGAAGAAGUGUCAUUGACAACCCAGGAAGAGAAAGCAGAUCAGAUAAAAUCUUUAAAGAAACGAUCAAAACAAACAAUACAAGAGCUCGCCCCCAUUGAAAACCAAUUAUUUGUAGCAGCCGGUGAAGUAAUUGAACUAAAAACAGUGGACUUGCCAGAAACAACUAGCUUAAAAAUGUCGGUUGAACAACCGCAACCGGUGGUGCAACUUCCAGAGAGUCAAACGCUAGAUAUUGAAGAAGUGUCAUUGACAACCCAGGAAGAGAAAGCAGAUCAGAUAAAAUCGUUAAAGAAACGAUCAAAACAAACAAUACAAGAGCGCGCCCCCAUUGAAAACCAAUUAAUUGUAGCAGCCGGUGAAGUAAUUGAACUAAAAACAGUGGACUUGCUAGAAACAACUAGCUUAAAAAUGUCGGUUGAACAACCGCAACCGGUGGUGCAACUUCCAGAGAGUCAAACGCUAGAUAUUGAAGAAGUGCCAUUGACAACCCAGGAAGCGAAACCAGAUAAAAAAAAAUCUUUAAAGAAAAAAUCAAAUCAAAAAAGACAAGAGGUUGGCACCAUUGAAAACCAAUUAAUCGAUGGUGCUUCUGCCGGUGAAGUAAUUGAGCCAAAUACUGUAGACCUCCCAGAAAUGUCAGACGAACAACCGCAAGAGGUGAAACUUCCAAAGAGUCAAACGCUAGAUAUUGAAGAAGUGUCAUUGAUAACCCAGAAAGAGAAACCCGGUCAGAAAAAAUCUUUGAAGGAAAAAUCAAAACAAAAUCUACAAACGGAUGUCACCAUUGAAAACCAAUCAAUUGACAGUUUUAAUACCACUGUAGCAUUUGAGCCAAGGACUGUGGAAUUGCCAGAAACAACCAGCUUAGAAAUGUCAGACGAACAACCGCCAGCGGUAGUGCAACUUCCAGAGAGCCAAACGCAAGAUAUGGAGGUAGUGCCAUUGACAACCCAGGGAAAGAAACCAGAUCAGAAAAAAACAAUCCUGAAAAAAACAAAACAAGAAAUACAAAAGGUUGUCACCAUUGAAAACCAAUCAAUUGACAAUGUUACUGCCGGCGAAGUAAUUGAGUUAAAAACAGUGGACGUGCCAAAAACAAUCAGCUUGGAAAUGUCAGACGAACAACUGCAUGCAGUGCAACUGCUAGAGAGUCAAACGAAAGAUAUAGAAGAGGAGCCAUUGACAACCCAGGAAGAGCAACCAGAUCAGAAAAUAUCUUUAAAGAAAAAAUUAAAACAAAAGAGACAAGAGGUUGUCACCAUUAAAAACCAAUUUAUUGAUGGUGCUACUGCCGGUGAAGUAAUUGAGCCAAAUGCUCUGGACCUCCCAGAAACAUCUAGCUUAGAAAUGUCAGCUGAACAACCGCAAGCGGUAAAAAUUCCAGAGAGUCAAACGCUAGAUAAUGAAGAAGUGUCAUUGACAACCCAGGAUGAAAAACCAGAUCAGAUAAAAUCUUUGAAGGAAAAAUCAAAACGAAAUCUACAAACGGAUGUCACCAUUGAAAACCAAUUAAUUGACAGUUUUAAUGCCAAUGAAGUAAUUGAGCCAAAGACUGUGGAAUUGCCAGACGCAACCAGCUUAGAAAUGUCAGACGAACAACCGCAAGCGGUUGUGCAACUUCCAGAGAGCAAAACGCAAGAUAUGGAGGUAGUGCCAUUGACAACCCAGGAAAAGAAACCAAAUCAGAAAAAAACAGUCCUGAAACAAACAAAAGAAAAAAUACAAGACGUUGUCAAAAUUGAAAACCAAUCCAUUGAUAAUGUUACUGCCAGUGAAGUAAUUGAACAAAAAAUAGUGGACUUGCUAGGAACAACUAGCUUGGAAAUGUCAGACCUACAACCGCAACCGGUGGUGCAACUUCCAGAGAAUCAAACGCUAGAUAUUGAAGAAGUGCCAUUGACAACCCAGGAAGAGAAACCCGAUCAGAUAAAAUCUUUGAAGGAAAAAUCAAAACAAAAUCUACAAACGGAUAUCAUUAUUGAAAACCAAUCAAUUGACAGUUUUAAUGCCACUGAAGUAAUUGAGCCAAAUACUCUAGACCUCCCAGAAACAACUAGCUUAGAAAUGUCAGACGAACAACCGCAAGCGGUGAAACUUCCAGAGAGUCAAAUGCUAGAUAUUGAAGAAGUGUCAUUGACAACCCAGGAAAAGAAACCAGGUCAGAAAAAAACAGUACUGAAAAAAACAAAACAAAAAAUGAAGGAGGUUGUCACCAUUGGAAAUCAAUCAAUUGAAAAUGUAACUGCCGGCGAAGUAAUUGAGUUAAAAACAGUGGAAUUGCCAAAAAUAAUCAGCUCGGAAUUGUCAGACGAACUACCGCAAGCGGUAGUGCAAUUUCCAGAGAGUCAAACGAAAAAUAUAGAAGAGGAGCCAUUGACAACCCAGGAAGAGAAAGCAGAUCAGAAAAAAUCUGUACCGAAGAAAACAAUACAAAAUAAUCAAAAGGUUGUCACCAUUGAAAACCAAUCAAUUGAUACUUUUAAUGCCGGUGAAGCAAUUGAGCCAAAGACUGUGGAACUGCCAGAAACAACCAGCUUGGAAAUGUCAGACGAUCAACCGCAAGCGGUAGUGCAACUUCCAGAGAGCCAGACGCAAGUUUUUGAAAAAGUGCAAUUGACAACCAAGAGAGAAAAACUAGAUCAGAAAAAAAUCCCAAAGAAAAAAUCAAAACCAAAUAUACAAGAGGUUGUCCCCAUUGAAAGCCAAUUAAUUGCUGCUGAUCAAGUCGCUGAGCCGGAAACUGUUAACUUGCCAGAAACAACCAGCUUGGAAAUUUCAGACCAACAACUGACAGCGGUGAAACGGCCAGAGAGCAAAACACCAGAUAUGGAAGAAGUGCCAUUGACAACCGAGGAAGAGAAAACAGGUCACAAAAAAUCUGUAAUGAAACAAUCAAAGCCAAAAAUUCAUGAGGUUAUCAAUCUUCAAAGCCAAACCAUAGCUGAUGUUGCAGCCACCGAAGUCACUGUGCUAAGAUCUUUGGACAUACAAGACACAACCAGUUUAGAUAUUUCUGACGAAAAGCCACAAGCGCUGGAAGUAAUAACAUUGAAGACUCAGCAGGCAACUUCUGUGAAAGAACGACCUAAAGAAAAAAUAAAAGAGGCACUAAACGUUAAAAUUCAUGCAAUUAUUGAAGAUCAGCCUGAUGAAGUCACUGAAAAAGAAAUUUCAGGCACGACAGGGAAGUCUGAAUUAGAGGUUUUUGACAAGCAAGCACGAUAUGAAGUGACAAUAUUGCCAAACAUUGAAAUUCUUGACAGCUUUGAAACAAAUCUCACACAUAGCACUAAGAUCUACAAUACACAAGAGGCCGUCGAUCAAGAAAAGGCUAGUGCCACGAACUUAGCAUUACCAAUUGAAACAACCAUUACAACAGAAAAAGUGACAUCAAACACUAGUACAGAUAUACCAGGACAAAUAUACUUUAUAAAAGGGGUGGCAGCUACAUCAAACACAUUGAACACAGAAAAAUCACCUUCAAAUAGUUCAGAGGUAUCAAGAGACGUUUCAGUUUAUGAGGACAUACCUUCAGAGGAAGAAUUCUUUUCUUCAGAAGAAAUUUUACAGUCUGACCAGACAGCACCAAGAGAAGAAACACCAAAAUUAAAAACACAAAAUUUAAAUUCGGAGCAAAUUGCAACCUCCUCUGAAACCACUGAAUCGGUGCAAGAAAUACUGCAUGAAAUAGCUAAACCACAAUUCGGCACAUUCAUUUUGGAGGAGAAACAGGAAUUGGUCAGAAUUCAGGCUCAAAAACGCCACGAUCACGUGAUGUUCAAUGUUCCAAUAAAAAUUGAACAGCCGUUAGUAGAAAUUACAGAAAUAACAAGUGAUGAAGAGAAUCAGCCAGAUGAAACUUUAACUGAACAACAAAUAACACUUGUGGAAGAAAACGCACCGAUUAUCACAGAAGAAACAGCUCCCGAACCAGAGAUACUUCAAUUAAAACCUUUGGAGCAGACAGUGAAAAUUGAGCCCGUAGAGGAGCCGCUCCCAAUUGUUCAGAUAGAGGAAGUCAAAGUGGAAGAAAAAAAUCUGACACUGAAGCGGCAGCGUAAAGAAAAAGAAAAGCCACAGUUGAAACAGACUGAAAAGCCACAGAUGAAAGAGACUGAUAAGCCGCAAAUGAAAAAGGAAGAAACCCCAAAACCAACUGAACCUAAACCAAAGUUUGAAAAGAUGAAGAUCGAAAGAGUUCAAAUCACACCCAAGAAAGUUGAAGUCAUAAGCGUAGAAGAAGUUCCAGCAUUUAUGCAGAUAAAACUAAAGAAAGCUGAAAUUGUACAACGAGAAAUCGAAUCAGCACAACUACCUGACGUACGGUUGAAAGGAGUUCAAACGCUCAUGACAUACCCUCCUGAGGAAAAAAAGCCACAAAUAACACAACUGGAAACACCAGUUCUUCAGCAAGGCAUAAUCUCUAGAAAUGCUGACGAGGCUGCUAAAAUUAAACCAAAGAAAGUUAAGAAAGUCACCAUCAGCGACGAAGUCCUUGACCUUGAAACUAUGGAGUAUGAAAGGCCAUCUCUGGAAAAGUACGAAAAACACAUUGACGAGACAAAAGUGGUGAAAAAGAAAAAGAUUGAAUCGGUAAAAAAAGUCGAGGAGGAUCAAACAGAGAGAACUAUUGUUCUAGGUAAGGGAAAACUCAAAAAAGAGGAGACUGAAGAGGUUGAAGUAAAAUUGAAAACAAAACCUCAAAAACCCAAAGCAGAGGAAGAGACAGAACAAGUUAAGUUGAAGCCUGUGCAAAGAACAGAGCGGGAGGUACCAAGAGAGGAUGAAACUGUAAAACCCCAAGAAAUGAAGCCUCUUGAUGAUAUUCGUUUUACUCCAGAAUCAUCCAGUGACGUCUUGGUGCCCACACCCAUUGAAUUCGAAAAGCCCGAAAAGCAGAAGAAAAAGAGAGAAAAACUUAAAAAGCCAGAAACUGAAGAAACGGAAAUUCCUGUUCCUGAGAGAGGCGAAUAUAUAAGACCUCAGCAUUCUGUUCCCGAAGUUCCUGAGGAAACAAUCACAAUACUAAAAGGAAAACCAAAACCAAAAGAGGAAGAUGAGCCUGAUGCCAUAAAUCUGACUUACAAACAACGGCCAAAGAUGCCAGAACCUGAAGAAAAGGUUGAAUUGAAGCCUUGGACUAAAGAGGUUGAGCGUGAGCCUGCACCAGAAAAGGAACCAGAAGUUCAUAGUGAGCUCAAACUUCCUGAAAUUGAAAAAUCUAAGAAAAAGAAAAAAACCAAUGCAACUGAAAAAGUUCCGUCCGAUUCUGUGCAAGAAGAAAGCACGGUAAAGCCGAUAGAGCCUGAAGCAGUUUCAGAAGUGAAACCUGUGGCUGUUGUAGAGGAUCAACCUCUAUCUCAAGUGACGGAGAUAAUUUCCUCUGACGCAAUUGCAACUGUUAAAACCGAAGUUCCAUCUGCAGGUGAGGUGUCCGACGCUUUGAAAAUGGCUUCUGAAACACCAUUAACAGUUUUAGUUGCACCAACACCAGAACCUUCAAUAGAUAUCAAGGAAGAAAAUAAAAAUAAAAAACCGAAGAAAAAACAAAAUAAGGAACCAGAGAGGGACAUAAGUGUACAAGAAAAGCCAAUUGAAAAGCCCGACGAAAAAACUGUGAAAAUUCCCAAAGAAACGCUAACUGAAAAGCCUGAGAAGCCUGUACAGGAGCCCUUGGAGAAGUCAAUAAUUGAAGAGCCAGUUGAAAAAUCUAAAAAAGUGCUAGAAGAAGCUUUGAUCAAGAAAGAGUUGCCUGAAAUUGAAGAAGAAGUUUCUGUUGGAACCUUUUCUUUGAGACCGAAGAAGAAAGUAGUGCAGGAAGAAGUAGAACAGGAAUUCUCAUUAAAAUCAAAAUCUUAUGAGGAGGAGGAAGUAGAUUUGAGCAAAAAAAUCAAAAUCACUAAAAAACAAAAGCCGCGAGUUGAAGAAGCUGCCGAAGAGGCAACAGUAGAAAUUGUCACACAUAUAGAAAAACCUGUGGAAAAGAUUGAAAUUGUGGAGCAAAUUGUAGAGGUCAAAUCUCAUGAAGAAGGAGAAGAAAAGGCUCCAUUGGAAAGCACCGAGCCUAUAUCAAUUUCCGCAGUACCUGCUGAAGAGGCCGUCAUGCUGAAUGAGGAAGAGUUACUUCAACCUUCUUCUCACAUUGAGCAGCUGCAGAUGCUGGCUGUUGAAAAUAAAAGUGACGUAGAUAGCAAGCAGGUUGUUGACAUUCGAAUUCCCGAGCACGAAGACGUGCAUGCGAAGGAAAUUUCAAUUGAGCCAGUGAAUGAAAUGGUCACUGCACAAGAACCCCCUCAUAUCAAGGAGGCUGAAAGCCAAGUUAAAAUUCAGAAAAAGAAAAAGCCUGCAGAGCCAAUUAUUGAGUCGGUCACUAUACCAAAGGCAAAAGAAUCAGUUGAAGAUGUGGUCGCGUUAACUGUCAAGAAAGAAAGCAUUGUUGAAGAGGCAGCUGCAGAGAUUUCUAUUGUAAAACCAAAGCCAGUGGAGGAACAGCCCGCUGAAAGUGUCACUUUAAAGCCGAAGAAGAAAAAGCCUGUUGUUGAAGUAUCCGAAGAAUCGGAGGCUGUAACAUUGGUUAAAAAGAAACCUGUUGAGGAAACUGCCACCUCUGCAACACUUCCAAUGAAAAAGGCACCGGAACCAACAGUGGAGGAAGCUGCAGCUGAAAUUUUAAUUGCCAAGCCAAAAAUUAUAGAGGAGCCCAGCUCUGAAACCGUGUCUCUGAAGAAAAAGAAACCAGCACCAAAAGUUGCACCAGAGGAACAGGCUGAAACUGUUACAAUUUCCAAACAAAAAGAGACAAUAACUGAGAGUUCCCCUGAAACAGUUUCUUUGAAGAGCAAGCCCAAAGAGAAAGUUGUGGAGGAGGCUCACGAAGAAAUAACCGUGGUUAAAAAACAAGUGGUUGAUGAGCCCAGCUCUGAAACCGUGUCUUUGAAGAAAAAGAAACCAGCACCAAAAGUUGCACCAGAGGAACAGGCUGAAACUGUAACAAUUUCCAAACAAAAAGAGACAAUAACUAAGAGUUCCUCUGAAACAGUUUCUUUGAAGAGCAAGCCCAAAGAGAAAGUUGUGGAGGAAGCUCACGAAGAAAUAACCGUGAUUAAAAAACAAGUGGUUGAUGAGCCCAGCUCUGAAACCGUGUCUUUGAAGAAAAAGAAACCAGCACCAAAAGUUGCACCAGAGGAACAGGCUGAAACUGUAACAAUUUCCAAACAAAAAGAGACAAUAACUGAGAGUUCCUCUGAAACAGUUUCUUUGAAGAGCAAGCCCAAAGAGAAAGUUGUGGAGGAGGCUCACGAAGAAAUAACCGUGGUUAAAAAACAAGUGGUUGAUGAGCCCCAGACAGAGGAGGUGGUUGCGCUCAAAUGCCGCCCAAGUAAGAAAAAGGUCGUAGAAGAAUCAGAACACGAGUUCACCCUGUCUAAACCAGCACAAGCUCCAGAGGAGGUGCCAAUUUCUGAAAACGUUAUUUUGAAGCCUAAAAAGGUCUUCGCAAAACAAGACAUUGAGCAGGAAUUCACCAUCAAAUCUAACGUUUAUGAGGAUGAAGACAUAAACCUAUCUAGGAAGGUCACCCUGCCUCGCAAGCAGCAAACAACAUUUGUUGAGGAGGCGGGCGAGAGCACUGUCACAAUUCGCCAUGAAGUUGACGUCGAACCAGAGGUCGAAGAGGUUGAGGAAGAGUAUUCCAUCCACGAAGAAGGCCGACAAGAUGUGCAAAUGCAAUUGAAAAGAAAGCCUGCUAAAAAACCAGCCUACAAUGUAGAGGAAAUCGAGGAUGAGGUCAAGGUUGGUUUUAAGAAACAAAUAAAGCAGGAAGUCGAUUAUGGAGAAGAUUCACUAAAAUUGAAAAUCAAAAGAAAAGAGCACGUAUCAACAAAUUUCGAAGAGGAUGCAAGUGCAAGUAUUCAGCUGUCAGUGGAUACAGAAGAGUCACAAAUAGUUGUUAGUCAGUGCCAUGAAGGUGACAAGAUGUAUGCUAUAUGUUCAUAUGUAGCCGAAAAUCAAGAGGCGCUCAAUUUAGUUGAGGGCGAGAGAGUGUACAUUAUGGAAUGUCACAAUUCUGACUGGUGGUUCGUAAAGAAACACCUAACGGAGGAAAAGGGCUGGGCUCCUGCCCAAUUGCUCAAAGACGAGCCUAAGUACGCAGAGUAUAUGCAGAAGAAACUGCACGAGAAGAUUGACAAGUUGCCUGUCUUUGAAAAACCAUCUCCUGGCGAACCUGUUUUGGCUCCAAGAUUCAUUGAAAAGCUGAAACCUCAACACUCACAAGACGGCGGCACAAUUACGUUUGAGUGCAGGGUGGAAGGCAGCCCUAGACCUCUAAUAACUUGGUUCAGGCAAACUGCUAUCAUCAAGCCUUCACCUGAUUUCCAGAUUUUCUAUGACGACAACAAUGUUGCUACCUUGAUAAUUAAGGAAGUGUUCCCUGAGGAUGCGGGCUCAUUUACCUGUGUUGCUAAGAACGCUGCUGGCUUUGCAUCCAGUACCACCGAGCUGUUCGUGGAGGCGCCGCUUUCUGAUCACGGCUCUGAAGUCAACGUUGGUCAUUCAAGAAGAAGCCUUUCUAGGGAAUCAUCUUUGGCUGAUAUUCUGGAGGGAAUUCCACCGACCUUUUCGCACAAGCCACGCACACGCACGGUCGACGAGGGCUCCUCAGUGGAGCUCGAGUGUCGCCUGGUGGCUGUGCCCGAGCCGGAGCUGAUUUGGUCUUUCAAUGGAAAAGAGUUAUCCGAGAGCAGCAAUGUUAUCAUAUCAAUGGAUUCCGACAUGCACAGCUACAUGACUCUGGUCAAAAUCAACAAUGUGCAGAAAUGUCACGAGGGAACAUAUGAAAUUCUCGCCCGAAACAGGGAGGGAACUGCAUCCAACCAAGUCAGCAUCAAGGUGAUAACUGGGGCCAAAGAGCCACCACAAGUGCUGGAGCCUCUUAAGAACAUCAGCAUUACCGAGGGCGACAGUGUUAUUUUGUCAACCCAGAUUGUUGCAAAUCCAACAGCGAAGAUCGUCUGGUUGCGAGAGGGCAAAGAAGUAAAGCCCGACGGAAAAAAUAUAACUGAGAAGGUUGAGAAGGACACAUAUUCCCUGAUUAUUUACCACGCUCAGAAGUCUGACAUUGGCGAGUAUACAGUGACAGCAAACAAUGAGGUUGGAUCUGCCAAAACUUCUGGAUACCUCUCUGUUGAAGAAAUCGUUGAGCUCAAACCUGAGCCUCCGCUAUUCAUUGAAAGAUUUGAGGAACAAAAAGUAGCGCCAAAUGGCGUUAUCCGACUGGCAGCCAAAGUCACUGGCAACCCUCAGCCAGAAAUAGCAUGGUUCAGAAACAACAAAAAGCUGAAGGCAUCUAAACAUGUCAAAGAAACUUAUGAUGGAGAAAAUAUUGCCCUUGAAAUCACUUGCGGAACUGAUGGUACCGAGGAGGGAGAUUACAUGUGCGUUGCCACAAAUUCGAUUGGAAAAGCUUCACACGGAGCACGUGUUUCAAUCGCAGGCGCAGAUAUAAAAUUCACCAAAAAACUUGAGUCCGUCGACGUCGAAGAAGGCGGCGUUGUCAAACUCGAGUGCCACACGUCCCAAGCAACAACCACCAAGUGGUUCUUCGAGAACCGUGAGCUGUAUCGCGACACAAACACAACUAAAUAUGAAUUAACAUCAGAGGGCAAAAAGCACUUCCUUGUAAUUAAAAAGAUUGAAAGAGAAGACAUUGGCUCAUACAAGUGCACAGUCAACAACGAGACCACUCAAGCAACUAUCACAAUGAAAGAAUCUGGACCCGAAUUUUUACGCAAACUGAUUGACUUUGAGGUGAAGGAGCGUGACUCGGCCAUCCUUGAGGUCGAGGUCUCCACGGAAAGUGCCAAGGUCACCUGGCACAAGGACGGUGAAGAGCUGCAGGAGGGAGACGAUCGAUUUGACUUUGAGAAAACUGGAAAGACCCACAAACUUUUCAUCAGGGCGGUGUCCGUACACGAUGAGGGCGAGUACACCUGUGCCCUCGGAGAACUGGAGUGCACUGCUGAGGUCACCGUUGUCGAAUUACCACCCGAGAUCAUCGGCCUGAUGAAGAACGUGACAAUCGCAAAGGGAGAACGUGCCACUUUUGAAAUUGAACUAACCAAAGGCGAUGCCCUGGUGCGUUGGUUCAAGGACGGAAAUGAACUGCAGUUUUCCGAACACGUUCAGCUGGCAAUUGAUGGCAAGAGACAGCGUUUGAUGAUUUACAACUCAACGCCUGAAGAUGCCGGCGAAUAUUCUUGCCAGGUUGGGGAACAAACUUCAAAGGCCACCUUGAAAGUCGAAGAGCCGGCUGUGGAGUUCCUCACCAAACUUCCAGAAGUCACUCUCACCCCUCAGAACACGGACGCUAUUUUCACUGUGGAGCUGUCGCAACCCGGCAUUGAAGUCACUUGGCUGAAGAAUGGAAAGCCGCUGACUGCUUCUGAUAAAAUCAUACUGACUGCUGAUGGAGGUUUGAGACAGAUGAUCAUGAAGAAGGUUAGCAUGGACGAUCAGGCUGAAUAUACUUGCGUGGCAGCAAACGUCAAGUCUUCCACCAAGCUCAAAGUUGAAAUUAUUGAAUCCGCGCCCAAGCUCAAUUUGGACCAAGUUCAGAAGGAGUAUCGUCUCAGGAAGGGAGAGUCUGUCAGUGUAAACAUCAAAUACUCUGCCGUUCCACAGCCUCAGUAUGAGUGGACCAUAAAUGGAAAAGUUAUCAAGCCAUCCAAAAGGAUCACCCAAACUAUUGAUGAAGCGUCAGCUAGCCUCACCAUUACAAAUGUUGAGGAACAGGACUGCGGUGACGUGACCCUGAAGUUGAAAAACAACUGCGGCGAGGCUUCUGCUGAACUGAAGCUGAUAAUAAUGCAGACACCAAGCCAACCUGGCACACCGGAAGUGAUUGAGACAACAAAUGAAAGCAUCACCCUGCACUGGAGGGCGCCGGAAACCGACGGAAACGCUGAAAUCACAAAUUACAUUCUUGAAUACCACGAUCGCACCGAGCUGAGCUGGACGAAGGUCAACGUGACCAUCAAAGAAACGACACACAAGGUGCUGGGCCUGAAGCAAAACGUCGACUACAUGUUCCGCGUGACGGCGGUCAAUGAGGUCGGACAGAGCCCACCCUCUGGAGUGACCAAGUACAUCAAGGUCGCUGCUCCGGUGACGCCAGAGCCACCAGUCAUCCAGCAGCCGCUGGUUGAUAUUGUGUCCGGCCUGGGCGUGCCAGUCACGUUGUCCUGCGUUAUCGGCGGCGUGCCCGAGCCUGAAAUCAAGUGGCUCAGGGAUGGGAAGCAGUUCAAGGCUAAGAGCAUGAGUUACGAAAACCGCAUCGCCAAAUACGUCAUCAACCAGGUGGAGAAAACUUCAGGCGCCAAAUUCACGUGCCAGGCGAUCAACUCGGCAGGAAUUGCUGAAACCAGCAGCGUGCUGGUGGUGCAGGAAAAGCCGCGUUUGGUCAUCGUCGACGAGUCCCUCAUCAACCAAAAGCAGAGAGUUAACAACCAAUGGAAGUUGGAAGUCAAAUUCUCCGGCUUCCCCAAACCUGAGAUCUCUUGGAGCAAGGAUGGCAAGAAACUCGAGUCAACCAAAAAAUGCUCGCUGUAUGUGGACGAGGAGUCGACGACAAUUGCUAUUUACACACUGGCCAGGGACGACACUGGACUGUACCAGGUUUCGGCCACCAACAGCGCAGGAACGACCUCGCUUGAUCUCAAUCUCUGGGUCAUUGAUGAUACAUUGCGUUUGAGCAAGUCUAGGUCCCCUAGUCAGGAGCCCAUCGACAAGCCAAGUAAGCCGGAGGGACCGCUGGUAGUUAAGAAAAUCCAGAAGGAAUCAGUCACCAUUGAAUGGAAGCCACCAGCAGACGACGGUGGCCUCGACAUUUCCAAAUAUUCGGUGGAAAAAUGUGACGUGCAGAAGAUGGUUUGGAUGAAGGUUGCGGACGUCGAAGGCGACAUCAACUCAUACGCCAUUCAAAAACUUCGCGAGGGCUCUGAAUACAUGUUCCGAGUGACCGCUGCCAAUCCUGUGGGUACCUCCGAUGCCCUUGAGAGCGGCACCAUUGUUGUGAAGAGUCAAUUCGAACCUCCAUCUGCACCGCGAGGACCACUUGACAUUUCUGGAAUGACUGACACGUCCUUAACAGUAAAAUGGCACACACCUGAGUCUGACGGCGGCUCUCCCAUCAUCGAGUACUUGGUUGAGCGCAAGGAGGUCACCAAAAAGGCGUGGCAGAAGGUCGGCACCACCACAUCUGAAAUCACACACAUCGAGGUCACAUCACUAAAGCUAAAUACUUCAUAUAACUUCCGCAUCACAGCAAGAAAUGAAGCUGGCACAGGUCCUGCAUUAGCUCCUGACGAAGUUAUCACCAUUGGCAAGAGAAUAACUCCUCCAUCAAGUCCCAAACUGAGCGUGAUUGACGUCACCAGUCGCAGCGUCACCCUUCAGUGGUCACCACCCUCAAGCACCGGUGGCGCUGAAGUGACCGGAUACAUCAUUGAAAAGAGAAUUUCGAGCAGCCAGUCAUGGGAAAAGGUGUGCACCCUAGAGCCAUCAGUCACGCUCCACUGCAUAUCCAACCUGAAGGAAAAGUCUGAGUACUACUUCCGAGUGUACGCUGAAAACGCGAUAGGCCUGAGUGAGCCCUCCGAAACUGGACCGGUGCAGCUCAAAACGCACGCAUCGCCUCCUUCGCCACCAACCGCUCCCUUGGAGGUGCGUAUCGUGGGUCCCCACUCGAUCACCGUGGCCUGGGGUACACCCGAAAGCGACGGCGGGGCGCCCAUUGAGGGCUACACAAUUGUCAUCAAGGAGGCGCGAAAGACCAUGUGGAUGGAGGUCGGAAGGGUCAAGGCUGACGUACAAAAGCUCAACAUUAAAGACCUUCAGGAGGGUCACGACUACAUGCUACGCAUUUUCGCAAGAAACGAGGUCGGCAUGAGCGAUCCCUUGGAGUCCGAGGAGCCCGUCAAAGUCCUCAGGCCAGCUGACUCUGAUCUGUUGGAUUGGGGAUUGCGCGAGGGCGAUUUCGAUCGGGACGCGCCUUCACUAAGUCUGACCACCGAGACCACCACCUCCUGGAUGCGCGAGGCUGGAAUGGAUGCCGAUAUCGAAUCAUACGCCAAAGCGUCCCUACUUAAGAGGGAUGAGUACUUCUUUAAAAUUUGGCACUACGCUAGAAAACUCUUCAAGUAAAAAGCCUUGCAAAAUGAUAAAAAAAAUUAUAAAAAAAAUGACCUCUCCAGGAAAAAACAAACAAGAAUUGAUUAUUUAAAAAAAGGCAUAUGAGAGGUCAAAAAUUAUGGUGUACAUUUUCUUACAACUGUGUUCGUCUCCUUAGUUGUCAAAUCAAGACUAAGCCCCCAGGUUUCAUUUCUGAGGAAACCGACCAUCUUCAAUCCUGUGCAAACCAGAAGUGAAAUGAUUGGGGCUUAGUGCGGUUAGUGAAUUUUGUACCUCUCGUUAGAAUAGUCCCUGCGCGCUUCGAUAGUUUUGUACAUACAUUAUGCCAGAGAAUAGACUAUUUGCUUGAAGAGUUUUAGCUUUUGUGUUCUUGCCAAGCGUCUUGCUGAACUUGCAGACGGUUUAAAAAUGAGAAAGAAUUUUGCCCCAAAAUGCAGCGACGGUUCCCGAAAACUUCAAAAAAGAAAUCCUUCAGCACGAAACGGCGGGGAGUCGCUGCUGAAUUCUAGCAGGAAAGGCCGAAAAAAGUAGGUGCUCUCUCAGCUUUUCUUGCCCGUAUUCAGCGGCCUCUCCAUGGGGCCUGUUGUUAAUUUAAUAAAUGUGUACGAGAAGCAAUCAAAA